GAAGCCCUAAAGUUGUGUAUUUGCCCUAGAACAGGGGCGAAAUAUUUUCGUGCGGGCUAUGGCGCGGGGGGGAGGCGGCAACAAGAGCGAGGAGGAAUGGCGCGCGAUCCUCAGCCCGGAGCAAUUCCGCGUGCUACGGCGCAAGGGCACAGAGUUUGCUGGCACGGGAAUCUACAACAAGCACUUUGAGGAGGGUGUCUACGAAUGCGCCGGCUGUGGGACACCGCUCUACAAGUCGGAUACCAAGUUUGAUUCCGGGUGCGGCUGGCCUGCCUUCUUCCAGGGCCUGCCAGGCGCGAUCAAUCGAAAGGCUGAUGCCGACGGUCGGCGCGUCGAGAUAACCUGUGCGGCGUGUGGCGGUCACCUGGGACACGUUUUCAAAGGCGAGGGGUAUAGAACACCGACAGACGAGCGUCAUUGUGUCAACAGUGUCUCGCUAAAGUUCGCGCCCGGUGACGUUGAAGAAGAAUAAUGAAUUAGUACCAACAAAUAAAUCAUUUCAAGUAAGUCUAUCUCUGAUUUCGCUUGUUA